ACGUGAAACGUGAAGAAUAAUUAUUUUUACCCCUGAUAUACCAAAAAGAUGACCUCAACGAAAAGAAUGCAGGAUGUUUGCAGAAUGAAAAAAGAAUAGACGUUUGUAUUAUAAUCAUGUUUUUGUCUCUUUGCUUUUGAUUACAACAUGACACCUGAAGAUAAAUCUUCGGAUUCCAAAUCCUCUAAGAAAACCAAACGCAUCGAGUCCAAGAAGAGAAAAGCAGCGGCAUUCCUUCAACUAGCUAAAGACGUGGAUGCGUGUAUUUUUAAAAAGGUUAAAACCAGUUUGGAGGACUCUGAUGAUGAAGAUCACACACAAGCAAAGAUACAGAAAAUCCCAGAAGCCUUUGGGAAUGUUGCAUCAUUUGUUCCACAAGAAACGUCGGCAGAAAUUUUAAAGGGAAAAUCUAUGGAGGAGAGCAAGCCCAAAUUAUCAGGGGAAGCCCUGCUGGAACUGCGUAAAGCCUUACGAGAAAGACAGAAAUUAAGCCAGGAUAAAUCCAAGCUGUUUCUCACACUGGAUGACCUUGCGUCAGAAUAUGGUGUCAUGCUGUGUAAAGAAAGCCCAGUUCCUACAUUACCUCCCCUGUUUAUGAUGGAUGUACAGCACUUGUUGCUGUAUGCAUUACAGGGUAACCUGUCCUCUUACAGACCGAGGUGGUGUAAGUUGCUGAGACCCAGCAAGAUUGAAGGGGUGGUAGUCAUUGUGUUGGAUGGUGUUGGCAGUGAUGACUAUCAAACACAUCCAGAGUGCUUUCCAAAUAUACAGAAAUAUUUUGAAAUGUCUGUAGACAUGGUAUCCCCUGAAGAAUAUGGCUCUUCUGUUGCGGAGGAAUUACUGUAUGUUCCAUUGUCACUCAGAGAAAAGAUGAAGCGCAGAGAAACUCAAAGUAAAACACAGAUUGUUAAUAUUGAACCAAUGGCUCCCAUCAUAGGGGGAAAAGUACCACAAACAGAGCCUGCCAGUGUGACACUUGAAACACAGGAAAUUCACAAAGAACCAGAAAUAAAGAUAGAAAGUGAACUACUGCCAGCCUCUGAUAGAUUUCCUAGGACACACCUUUUAUUGAGUACAUCACAGAUGGUGCUAGAAGGCUUCCCCAUGCCAAACCUUAACACAAACACAGAAUUCAUCUACUCUAAAGAUGACUAUGGCACAGUAACUAACCACAGUCCAAUUUUUGCCAUAGAUUGUGAAAUGUGUUUGACAGUACGAUUGAAAAGUGAAGUGACCAGAAUUUCUGUAGUAAACGAGGACCUCGAAUGUAUUUAUGAUACAUUUGUGAAACCACAUCACAGAAUCCGUGACUACGUUACCAAAUACAGUGGUAUCACCAAGCAGAUCCUGGACCCAGUACAGACACGUUUGAGUGAUGUACAGAAAUACUUGAGGAAAAUUCUCCCAGAUGAUGCUAUUUUAUGUGGACAGUCACUGUGUGGUGACUUGAAUGCUCUGCAGAUGUUUCACCCAUAUGUGAUGGACACAAGUGUGAUGUACAAUCUGAAUGGCGACAGGAAGAGGAAAACAGGACUGAGGCGACUUGCAUCUGUAUUUCUCAAGCGUGAUAUCCAAGGGGAUGCAUCAGGCCACAAUUCUAUAGAAGAUGCCUCAGCCACAAUGGAACUCGUCAAGCUCAAGCUUGCCAAUGACAUUGCUUUUGGUGAUUGUGUGAUUGGUGGAGCAAUAUUUCCACCAGAAGAGAAAAGUGAUGUGGAACCAAAACCUGAUCUGCAAAGUGUUCAGGCAUCUGAGGAGGAAAUAAAGGACCAAAACACUUCAGUGGCUGUGGAGCUCCAAUCAAAGUCGGAGUCUCUAUCACAUACACAAAUCGUCGCUAGAAAAAAAUCCUUCUUUCACAAUAUUUCAAACAGCCAGUACAAAAGUCUGUUCAGUAUUACAAAAGAUGUGAAGAAAACAGCUGCCCUGGUGGAUGAAGCAUCUGUUGUGCAGCAGCAUGCCGAUCAGGAAGUGGUUGCCAUAGUGUCUGAUUGUGACAGGACUAGUAAGUCACUGUCGAAGUCGUAUGUAGAGUUCCAUGAUUUUGUCUACACAUGCUUUCCCUCAUACAAGAAAGAGGACACAGGAAAACUGACGGAGGAGGAAAAACAGAAACUGCUUGGCAGAAUGGAUAAACGGCUGGGAAAGGUGCUGAAACAUACCAAGGUUGGCAGUCUAGUGACAGUGAUUUUACCAGGACAGUCUUCUUCAGGAAAAUGCCAAUGUGCCAAGACUUUCAUCAAAAUUGUCUGAACUGCAGAUUUUUCUGUUGUUUUUAUAUCAUUAUCAAACAGAAACUCAGAGAUAUAUAGUUGAUUGGUAUACUUUGGAAUGGCCGACUUUCACAGCAGGAUGGAAUUUUUUUUUUUCAUUUUUAUUAAAAUGACAAUUUCUACAUACUUUAAGAAAUUGCUAGGAAUGGUUAGUUGUAACAAAGUUUGUUCCCAGCAAUUUGUUCUCAUAGUAGUAUGUACAGGCCAACUGCUUAAAACUUCAAUCAGUCAUCAUUAAAAAUCUGACCAAGUCCAGAAGUAAUGCAAGUUUGGAACAGUGUGUACUGUCAAUGCCAUGUAACAUCCAUUUACAUAAUUAAUGUGACAUACUCUCAUUUAAAAUAUAAAAUCGUUUCUAUUA